ACAAAGGAUCCGCGCGAGUGCAUGUGUAUCAACUUGUUAUCGCAUAUUUGUCUAUAGCAGGAAGUAAAUAGAUAUUAUAAAACUAUAAAUAAGCAGAGAGAAGAAACAUAAAUCCACCCAUUUGACUUUUUGGUGAAAAGUACCUGCAAUAGAAUGGACACCACAUAUUAAAGUCAUUGGAAAGUUGUGCCAGUGCUAAUCAACACAUUUCUGGUGGACAAUUGAAUACGUCCGAGUAGUCUUUUAAUGAGGAAAGAAGGCAUUGGAAUUACAAAAUCAAUACAAUCAAUUUAAUUGACACCUGAAGGACACGAAGAUGGCUGCGGUGAUGACAAGACGCGAGGUGGGCGUUCGUGACGUGGGAUCUACCGUGCACGUGCCGGAUGACGUCAAAGCAAAACUGAUGUUCUACCUAAAAUGUAUUUGUGAUCUCAUCAAUCUGGAGGAGCGAGAUGAGGAUAUGAACAGACUGACAGACUACCGGAGAUAUUAUCUUCUAACGGAGACAGAAAUAGACCAACUCACCAUUAUGUGCUUGCUUUUGUCGCCCAGCCUUUUAACGGACAAGUGUAUAUUUCACAACGAGGAAAUGUGUGGAGAUUCCAGGAACAAGUUUUUCGAAAUAUCUUCAGUCAAUCGACAGCUGCUGGUGUCAAACAACAUUAUGAUUGGUGGAACGCAAACACGCGUCAACCGAAUCAUGUGUUUCAAAAUGGAGUGGAUGGUGGAGAAUUACUUCAUACCGAUACUGAUACUGAAGAGUAGACUCGAACUGAAAAUGCAGAUAGCAGAAGAAAUCGUGGCAAGUCACCAAAGGCAGGAAGCCGCUGAUGACUGCUGUUGCACUAUUCUGUGACGAGUCGACACGAGUGUGCAUGUUCAGGAUUAUAUUCCCCUCGUUAUUAUCUAUUUCAUCAAACUUUAUCUUGAAAUAUCAUGUAUCAGUUGAGCAUGACACAAUUGACUGUUGUAAUAUGGUAUUGUCUCGUAAAGAACUAUAAAUACGCUGUAACUUCUUCAGACAAAUUGGCAAUCAGACAUAUAUCGACAGAAUUGUACGGCAAUGUUGUAAAUAUAUCCAUCGUUAUUGUUCACGAUUUUUAUUUUCAAUAAUAAAAUAUUAUUGUUCAAGAUUUUUAUUUUCAAUAAUAAAAUAUUAAAGUUU